AUAAACGAAGCGGGGACGCAAAAUAGUUCAGGAAGUUAGAUAUAUGGUUAGCUUGAGUCUUCAUGGGAUGAAUGUAAGACACUUUACAGCUGUUGUCAGCAAAAUAUAAACAAACAACAUGGGAGUUGCAGUGCUGCACAUCUUCCCCGACGCCUCGCGCUCUGGCUGUGUGGAGACGGAGAAGCUGCACAAGAGGAUCAUGCACCUGGACGCCCUCCAGUGCGGCAUGUUCACCGUCGACUGUGACACCUACUACACCACCGCACAGACAGCGGGCGGCGGCGUCCGCAAGAUGCACAUCGUUCACAACAGUGACACACCCACCACCACCUACGCCAUCCUCGAGACGCCUUCCAAACAGGUGACGCUCUCCGCAGACUUCCUCUUCGACCUCUUGCUGCCCCGCCUCGACCACAUGUACCAGGCCAAGAAGAACCUCAAGAUCGAGUCUAAGGGCGCCAAGUACGAGAUCGGCGACUUCCUCGUCAAGAUUGGCACCGUCACCAUGAGCGGACACUAUAAGGGCAUUCUGGUUGAGGUGGAGUACCUACCGUGCGUCACCCCGGCCCUCUGUUGGUCGCUCAUCCGGGAGUUUAUGCAGAGCUUCAUGGGGUCUUGUGUCAAGCCCACGCCUCCGACCUACCUCCAGAACCACUACAACGACAUUCACACCGCCCAAGACACCGUCAGGCAGUACGUCGAGAAGUUCAAUGAAUUCCGCGAGGGACCAAACUUUGGCGGUUCCCAGUCUUCUGGUACAGCCAACUAGCACCACUGCUCCUGCCGUCUAAGACAAUGUCGCAGCCUCCGUGCACCCUGUCCCAGCCACAUGACACACUCACCCAGUUACUACAAUACUCAUCAUCCACAUUUUCAGUGUCCUGGUCAUAAUAGACCAUCCAGAUCUCCACCGUGAUCAGUGUGGUGCUUCACACUACUUGAGCUCUUAGCACUGAACUCCAUCUCCAGUAUAUAUACUAACAACCUUACCCCCCCCCCCCGUACUUCCCUGGCACCUAGUCUCUGUGACCCCCAUGCUACUUUCACGGGUAGCAUGGACCCCGGUCAUGCUACUUUCACGGGUAGCAUGGACCCCGGUCAUGCUACUUUCACGGGUAGCAUGGACCCCGGUCAUGCUACUUUCACAGGUAGCAUGGACCCCGGUCAUGCUACUUUCACGGGUAGCAUGGACCCCGGUCAUGCUACUUUCACGGGUAGCAUGGACCCCGGUCAUGCUACUUUGACGGGUAGCAUGGACCCCGGUCAUGCUACUUUCACGGGUAGCAUGGACCCCGGUCAUGCUACUUUCAUGGGUAGCAUGGACCCCGGUCAUGCUACUUUCACGGGUAGCAUGGACCCCGGUCAUGCUACUUUCACGGGUAGCAUGGACCCCGGUCAUGCUACUUUCACGGGUAGCAUGGACCCCGGUCAUGCUACUUUCACGGGUAGCAUGGACCCCGGUCAUGCUACUUUCACGGGUAGCAUGGACCCCGGUCAUGCUACUUUCACGGGUAGCAUGGACCCCGGUCAUGCUACUUUCACGGGUAGCAUGGACCCCGGUCAUGCUACUUUCACGGGUAGCAUGGACCCCGGUCAUGCUACUUUCAUGGGUAGGAUGGACCCCGGUCAUGCUACUUUCACGGGUAGCAUGGACCCCGGUCAUGCUACUUUCACGGGUAGCAUGGACCCCGGUCAUGCUACUUUCACAGGUAGCAUGGACCCCGGUCAUACUACUUUCACGGGUAGCAUGGACCCCCGUCAUGCUACUUUCACAGGUAGCAUGGACCCCCGUCAUGCUACUUUCACAGGUAGCAUGGACCCCCGUCAUGCUACUUUCACAGGUAGCAUGGACCCCGGUCAUGCUACUUUCACGGGUAGCAUGGACCCCGGUCAUGCUACUUUCACAGGUAGCAUGAACCCUGGUCAUGCUACUUUCACAGGUAGCAUGAACCCUGGUCAUGCUACUUUCACAUAUGUCCAGGCACCAUAUACUAACCCCGUCUAUCACCAAUACCACCCCCCCCCCCCCCCCCCCCCGCCCCCCGUGAAAUAUGUAGACAUUCAAUUUGUUGGAGUGUGCGAUCAUUAUUGCUCGCCGGCCAUUUAUAUUGCACAGAGUCAAUCAGGCAAUAUUGCUACUAGUGUGAUGGUGCUCCGACCCACCUGUCAACCAACUAGCAGAAUGGCUUUGUCACCUGGAACUCAAUAUUAUUCUGUAGCAUUGUGUAAGUUUUGAUAUGUUGAAAGAAUUCAAUUGUGGUUCAUUGCACUGAAGGAGGCUGCGUCUCUCCAAAUGAAGGAAAUGGUUCUAUAUUAAAUCGUGAAGAAUUCAGCAGUUUGUAUUAGCAGAAUUAAUGUAGUAAUCUCAGGGAAAAUAACGUUUAAUCGUUUCAUUUUUUGUUGUAAUUACUGGGAAUAAAAUUGGCUUACAUAAUAA